CAACAGGACCACAACAACACAAAACAUCGGGAACUUGACGGGCUGUGAUAAAAAUUGCGAUUGAUUGCGUUUUCGAAUUUCGACUGUGGCAUCUAAGUUCAACGAAAGAUCUGCCAUUAGUCUUGUUUUUUAACCUCUAACAUUGGCUAGAAAUUGAGUUCUGCUAAGUGCGAAUCCGUCUCUUGGCCUAUGUGAUGUCUUAUGGAGUUUCGCUUUGCCUGUUUCGCCUUGAGAUCGGCGACGAGUAUCCUCUUCUAGACCAUCUCUCCUACUCAGCCCCCAAAUACCAACAUAGUAAAAUGGCCAGUCGUGGUGCCUCUAAAGAAAAGCAGCUGAAAGGUGGAGACUCGAAGAAGCAAAAGGGUCAAAGAGAAAUGAGGUCAAUCCGGGUGGAGACUGUUCUGGGACCAGCAGCCUCAUCCACGCCUUUGAAAAAUUCACCUUGCAGUAGCAAAGAACAGACCCCUCAGCCUGCAGAAUCAAUUUGUGAUGGCUCUUCAGUUGCUGAAACUGUUGCUUCAUCAAGCAAGACAGGAGCCUCUGAACUUGUAUCUUUUGUGUCUGGAAAUCCAUUUGUGGAAGUAACUAAGGGAAUUUUGCAUCUGUACAAAGAAAAUGAACUGACAUCAUUGGAGGGUGAAGCUCAGCGUUCUGAGCAGGUGUGUCUGCUGGCUGUUCCAUCCUCUCUUAGCUGCCAAGAUCUACUCGCAUUCACUGCUGCAUGUCACGAGGACAUGAAGCACUUAAGAAUUAUCAAACCUGAGGACACAUCAGCUUCUCUCAACCACUACAUGGCUCUCAUCGAGUUUAGAUCCCAGGUCGCUGCGGACGAGUUCUACCACACCUUCCAUGGUGCUCCUUACAGUUCAUUGUCUGAUGACGAGCUGUGCAACGUGGCUUAUGUGUCUGGAGUUGAGGUUGUUCGAGAGGGGAACUGCGUUGAGCCUCCACCAGGACACACAGAACUACCCACAUGUCCUGUUUGUCUUGAGAGAAUGGAUGAAUCAGUUGAUGGGAUCCUGACCAUUUUGUGCAACCAUUCUUUUCAUUCCAACUGUCUCGCAAAGUGGGUCGAUGCAACAUGCCCUGUUUGUCGCUACGUGCAGACCCCAGAAGCGGUGGACAACAAGUGUUUUGAGUGCCAAUCAGCAGAUUCGCUGUGGAUUUGUCUAAUAUGUGGACAUGUUGGCUGUGGGCGAUAUGUUCAGGGUCACGCUUCACAACACUUCUUGGAGACUCAGCAUUGCUACUCAAUGCAGUUGGGAAGCAACAGAGUGUGGGACUACGUAGGCGACAACUUUGUGCACCGCCUGCUUCAGAACAAAGAAGAUGGGAAAAUGGUCGCCGUCGGCGCUGACCAGCAAGGACGCUCGCCUGAAAAACCUGGGGGUGGAGAUGAAAAGGCUGACUCGCUUCAGUUGGAGUUCACGUAUUUGCUUACAAGCCAGCUAGAAUCUCAACGACUCUACUUUGAAGAUAGGCUAGUCAGGAUGCAGCAGGAGGUCCACAAUGACAGAGAAGAACUUAAGGAGAAGGUUGAUAAGCUCUCUGAGGAUAAUCGCACUCUAAGAAAGCAGGUGGAUAUUUUAAAGAAGGAAAAAACUGCUCAAGAGAAGAAGAUCCAAACGCUGAACACUAAAUUGUCUAGUGCAAAAAGCGAAUUGCAGCAGGAGGUUAGCAUGAGCCAAAGCAUGCAGCAAAAUCAAAGUGCCUGGGAGCAGAAAUUUGGGGACCUAGAGAAAAAGUUUAACAGCUACCAAAGUGAGAAAGAAAAGGAACUGGCUGAUGUACGGGAGCAGCUGCGAGAUGUCAUGUUUUUCUUUGAGGCCAAGAAUCAGAUUUCCCAGUCUGAACUGAAAGACGAAAUCACUGAGGGACAAAUUGUGAUGCCGCCUACGCCUAGUACAAGUUCUUCUGCAUCAAAAAACAGGAAAAAGAAACAUCGCUAACAGACUUCUGGUUUCUAGUUCACAUUUGUAAUUUCAUCAUCUCUCUGUGAGUUAACUUUUUCAGUUCCUAUACUUAGUACUCUUUGUUAAGACUCUGACAUCAACUUCCAAGCUGAAGAUCUAAGAUAAAAAAUAUCAAUCAGUGAUCGCUUGAAUCAAAGCUGUGUUAAUGUAAGUUAUAGGGGAAUAAAAUCGGUUAUUGCAUUAUUAAA